UGCAAUGUUCACGUGUCACAUCACAAACUACAACCGCAUGAGUUUGGCCUGAGCAAGGACACAGAAAGAGUGACUUAACCACUGUUAACAUAGUUAAUAUCUGUCAUUGCCUAUGGCUAGUCGAGUUGUAAUUGUGCCUGGAAAUGGAUGUGGAGAAGUUGAAAAGUGCAAUUGGUAUGCAUGGGCCCGCGAUGAAAUAAAGAAGGUCGAAGGACUUGAGUGUACUUUAAAAAGCAUGCCAGACCCAGUGAUUGCCAGAGAGACUAUCUGGAUUCCAUUCAUGCAUGACCAGCUCUGUUGUGAUGAGAAGACCAUUAUUGUUGGCCACAGCAGUGGAGCGGCAGCAGCGAUGAGAUAUGCUGAGAAAUACAAAAUUUAUGGUAUCAUUUUGGUGUCUGCAUAUGUUAAUGACUUGGGCGUGGAGAAUGAAAGACAGAGUGGAUACUUCAGUCGGCCCUGGGAAUGGGAACUGAUGAAGAACAACACCCAGUUUAUCACUCUGUUUGGCUCAACGGAUGAUCCAUUCAUCCCUUGGUCGGAGAUGCAAGUCAUCGUCGACAACCUUGACCCCGAAUGCCAUAAGUUUGAGGAGAGGGGGCACUUCAUGUCAAGCACAUUUCCUGAACUCGUUUGCGCAAUCCAGAAGCUAACUACACAUUAAUACAACCACUCAUGAAAGAACGGCUGGUCCAUGCUUAUUUGGAGUGAGCAUGAUUCCGCACCUCAUGCUCAUUUGAAGCUGGCGGCAAUUAAUUCAAGGCCUGUUUUUUUUUUUUAUGAAGGAUAUGCUGAUCCAUGAAAUGUUAACCCCUUUUCUUUUGCUUUGAAUCCGAAGAUGGGUUUUUAUGCUGCCGUUUCUAUUCAGAGUUGCUAUACUACAAUUUAUCACAGGGUUUGUGAAGUAAGUUGGGCAUACCAUGGUUUUUGAAGCAUUGCGUAACUUGAGUGAGGAAUCUUCACAUUGUUAAGCUAUGAGCUCCAUGCACUAAAUGAAAGUGGUGCUAUGCUAACCUAAAGAGCUAAGAGAGGGGCUUUGACGAUGAACACUUGAUGCUUUCACAGUGGAAGAGCCGGUGUCCUGACUUCACGUAUGCUGUGGACAUUGGCAUAUAAGUUCCUCGGACAGUUAAUGCUGAUCCCUAGAACAUACGGAUGAUUGAUCAAUUGAUGAUAGCAGUAAAUUCCCCCCACUCCAAAUGUAAAGGUAGUAUUUUUGUAAGGGGGGUGGUCUCAGUACAUAGUAUGUAUUGGUGUUGUAGCAGUAGUUUGUAUUUAGAUAGUGCUCUUUCUGUUUCCUUGGAACCCCAAGCUAUCAGCAUCUGGUGUAACAUUGCUUUAAGUAUGGACUGCUCCUGCAUUUUAUGAGAGAGGAGUUUAGUGUCCUUGUCGUGCAUGAGAACACCUGCACAGUACCUCCACAGGCAGGACUUGAGCCCACAACCAGUUGCCGGCAAGAUCUUAUGUGACCUUGAUGCGACAGGUCACUCUGACUGUCUGAAAGUUUUGUGCGGCAGCGAGGGAUGAUGUAUAUACUUGAUAUUGGUAUGGUAGCUACUGACUAGUGGAUGUCAGUGAAUGCUCUUAGAUAUGCAAGUUAUUGCUAAAACUUGUAGACACAAGAAUGAAGAUUGAAGACACUGCAUCUCUGUGAGUGUUUGCUCUUUACUCUGGCAAAUCUAUCAUUAUUUUGAAAUGAGAGACUUGGAGACGCAGGUGGCAGCAGACAGACCAGACCUUUUUUCUCAGUCUUGCACAUGCUUAGAACUACACAGGCAUUCUUACAACAAUGCACAUAUGCUCAGAACUGGUAAAAAGGACCAGUAUGUUUGCCGCCACCAAGUGUCUCAAAGUCUCCCAUUUCACUGUUGCAACUACAUCACCUCAUUAGAUAACUCUCGUAAGAAGCAAUUUUGAAAAAAAAAAUGGCAAAAAAUAUGUGACAUUUUUUAAUGCCUAAUAAGAUCAUGCACUGGCGUAACAACAGUCAACAGGUACAAACUUGUUGCUUGUUGAAUUCAAGUAUGUAUAAUGUUCUUAAGAAGUACAAACUUUUUAACAAUAAAAUUACCUUUGGAAAGUACCAACA